UCGUUUUGUAUAGAACUUUAGUUUACCGGACGGCAAACGUUUCCACUAGUCAUACACAUACAUGAACAAGUUUUUUAAAGAACGACAGCCAGGUAAACAAAGAAAAAAGCUGAAACGAGAGAAAGAAUGUCGCCGAGGAGAACGAGAAGAGGUACUAUAAGAGAAAAUAUUACUGAGAUAUGUAAUGAUAAUAGUUUGAAGUCUACUUCUAAAAUACUUCGAAGUACUUACAGAACUAACAAAAGUCAAACUAUUAAAGGUUCGGAAGAAGAAAUUGAUAAUCCUGUAGAAGUUACUAGUUUGUUGGAUAAUACUGUUAGUUUUGUAAACGAUACUUCAUUAAAUUCGAGAAAACGAAAGAGACAAGCUGAUACAGCAUCAACGAGUCAAGAUGAAUUGUUAAAUUUGACUACUGAAGAAUCAAAGAAUAAAUCAAAGACUAAAAAAAAACAUGUAAAAACUCCACACUCUACAAAGAAAGUUAAAAGUGACAAAUCUCAAAUAAUAGAUGUGAAUUUACAUAUUGUUAAAGAUGAAUCUUCUAAUAUAAAAACUCAAAAGGAAAAAAGACAAGUAUCUUAUAGUAUUAAUAAUUUAACUAGUAAAUACGAAGAAAUUCCAGAGAUGGUAUCAAGAAAGAAAUUGAAAUCGGAUAAAGAUAAUUCGUAUAGACAUAAGAAAGAAUAUAAGACACCAGAGAAAUCUCACAAAGCAUUACUUAAUAAUGUUAAAUCAACAGAAAAAGAGGUUACUCCAAAAAGUAGUCCUAUCAAUGUUUCUCUUACACCGCAUCGUUCUACAAAAACUCCUAAAAAAUCUCCAAUAAAUUUGGGAUCUCCCAAGACGCAUGCACAUGAUUCUUUUAAGCUAUUAAAUGUACAAAGAAAGUUAUCUAUUGUUGAUUCGCCGUCUUCUUCAGAAAACUCAAAUCAUUCAUUGAAGCUACUUAAUUCUUCUAAUUUGGAGAAUAGCUCUUUUGAAAAUACAAAUAUAAGUCACAAAAAGACAACGUCAUUGUUAUUAAAACCAUCUUCGAGUAAAAAAAAAUCGAUUUCACCUGUAUUUAAAGUAAGACCAAGAUUUUCUAAAUCUCCAAAAAUUGUUUUAAGAACUCCAAAAUCUAAAUCAACAAAGUCAAUGAAAACAUCGACAUCCAAAAAAGCUUUGAAAAAAUCAUCCGUUUCACCAUCGAAAUCUAAAAAAAAAACCAUAAUUAAUGAAUCAUUAAAUUCCGUAAAAACUCCAGCUGAAAGUGUAAAAUUGAAAAAAACACAAAAAUUUGAUUUAGAAAAAGUAUCGAAGUCAUUAGUCAAAACUAAAGACUUGUCUGAAACAGAAACAUCGCCAAAUCCUGAAUCACCAAUUAAAACUAUGAAAACAACCAAAUCUAAUUCAUCGUCGAAAUCAAAAGAAUCAAACAAAUCAAUAAAAUCAGCGAAAAAAGAAUCAAAACUAUCACCUCUAAACUCUUCUAAUAUAAUUUUUACAAAGUCUAAGAGGCUAUUGAAUAUUACACCCUUAAGUUCCAAGAAAAUGCCUAAAAUUAUUUUAUCAACUAAAAAAUCAUCCAAAUCCAAGGCAUCGGCAAAGAAAUCAAGAAAAUCUUUAUCGCCAGCUAAAAAAUCAAGCAUAUCUGUAUCAUCGACAAGGAAAUCGAGAAUAUCUGUAUCACCAACAAAGAAAUCAAGAAUAUCUGUAUCACCAACAAAGAAAUCAAGAAUAUCUGUAUCACCAGCAAAGAAAUCAAAAAUAUCUGUAUCACCAGCAAAAAGAUCAAGAAAAUCGGUAUCACCAGAAAAGAAAUCAAGAGGAUCAGUAUCACCAGCAAAAAGUUCAAGAAGAUCUGUAUCGCCGGCAAAAAAAUCAAGAAGAUCGGUAUCACCAGCAAAAAGAUCAAGAAAAUCGGUAUCACCGGCAAAAAAAUCAAGAAAAUCGGUAUCACCAGAAAAGAAAUCAACAAGAUCUGCAUCAUCAGCAAAGAAAUCAAGAAGAUCAGUAUCACCAGCAAAGAAAUCAAAAAUAUCUGUAUCACCAGCAAAAAGAUCAAGAAAAUCGGUAUCACCAGAAAAGAAAUCAACAAGAUCUGCAUCAUCAGCAAAGAAAUCAAGAAGAUCAGUAUCACCAGCAAAGAAAUCAAGAGGAUCGGUAUCACCAGCAAAGAAAUCAAGAGGAUUGGUAUCACCAGCAAAGAAAUCAAGAAUAUCUAUAUCACCAACAAAGAAAACAAGAAGAUCCAUAUCAUCAGUAAAGAAAUCAAGAAGAUCUGUAUCACCAGCCAAACAAUCAAAAUCUAUAUCACCUGUAAAGAGAUCAAGUAGAUCUGUGUCGCCGGCAAAGAAAUUACUAUCUGUGUCACCAGCAAAAAAAUCAAGAAAAUCUGUAUCACCAGCAAAUAAAGCAUCUAAAUCUGUUUCACCAUUAAAGAAAUUGAAUAAAUCACCUAAAAUUGCUUCUCCGUUAAAAGUGGCUGACAUAUCAGCAAAUCUGUCUAUAAAAAAAUCUGUUAAUGAGUUUAUGAAUUAUUCAUUUUUAUCAUCUAUGUGUCCAAAAGUAGUUGUAAAUAAACUUUCCUCUCCAGUAUUGAGAAAUUCAAUUUUAACUGCAAGACGAAACCAACCUACUAUAAACUUAAUACCUGUAGAUCAUGUUAUUAAAAGCUCGUUUAAUUUGGAUAAUCAGAAAGUGCCAUUCAGUGAUUAUAAGAGUUUAUCUUCUAUAAAUGAUCGAUCUGUCUUAGAAAAUUCUAGUUUAAAUCAAGAUUCAUCAAUUGAGAGUUUGAAGAAAAUAAAUUCAAAUUCAAAGACUACAAAUACUUUAACACCUAAACAAAAGAUUAAACGUUUGUUAAGUUUAUCAUCUGAUAAAAAAAUAUUAAGACAAUUAAGUAGUUCCAUCGUGUUAAAUGGAUCUUCAACGCCAAAACCUAAAGCUGUUAAAAGAUUAAAUAAUCAAUCAAACAUUAAAAUACAUCAGCCAUUAAUAGAAGAUCAAUCAGAACCAUCUUCAAAUGAAACGUCGCUUAUAAAUAUGAGUGAUGUUUUUGAUUUGGAUGGCUCAGAAAAAGAUAUUACGUUCGAAAUUAAUAAAACUAAUUUAGACAAAAGAAAAUCCUUGCAAGACGUAAAUGUGUUUCAAAAGAGUAGUAAGAAUAAUACAUUUGAAAUCAUUAAAGAUACUUCAAGUGAAACUAAAGUAAAAUCUAUAAAAGAUGAUACUUAUGAGUUGGAAACAUCACAAAUUGGGUUAGAAAUGGAAUCAGAUAAAAAAAUAUUGAAUGAAAUAAAUAUAAAUGAAGAAUCCGAGUCUAAGAAAAGUUGUAGAGUACAUUUUGCUAAUUCUAAUUUACAGAUUCAAGCAAAUGCUAUAAAUAGAAUAGGUACACCUGGCCACGCAAUUCAGCAAAAUAAAAUAUCAACAUCAAUAAGCAAAACUCCUACUCGUAAAUCAUUUAUUAAUAAAAUAGACCAUCGGAAAAGUGUGGGUUCUGCGUCUAAGUUACAGGUCAAAACACCUAUGAAUACACCUUUAAAUAAAAGACUAUCUAAUUCAUUAUCAAAUACAAAAUCUAAAAAAAGUAUUCACGAAGCACAAAUUGCUUCGGUUAAUCGCCUAAGUAGGCCAAAGCCAAUCAUAAAUUCCGAAAAAAAAUUAGGUACAAAAACACCAGUGACUAGGAAAAUUCCUAAUUUUGCUGACAUUCACCAGAAAAAUUUUGAAAAAAUGGAAUCAUUAAUAGACUUAAAGAAAAGAAUUGAAAAAAGACAUUUAACAAUAAAUACUGCCACAUCAAGUGCAAAGAAAAUACUUGCAACAAAGUAUCAAAAUGGAAGUAAUAAACUAGCUCCAUUGGAUUCAACAAAUGGUAUCUACAAUAAAUUUGGAUUUAAGCUAAGAAAGAAUGAUGCUGUUAGCAUGAUUUCUAGGAAACAGGCGGGUAUUGUAGAAUCAAGAGAACAAAAGCGAGAAGAUGCAAGAAAUAUUCUUAAAGGUGUGCGAAUGAAUCGACGUUUUGAAUUACAAAUGAAAUCUCGUAUAAAAAAUUCGUAAUAAGAUAUAAUUCUCAUUAUUAUUUUUUAAAGAAAUUGUACUUUUCAUGUAAAUAUAAAUAACUAUUUACAAUUCUAUAUACUUCUACCAUUGAAGAGUUAUUUAAUAAUAUUUAGUUUGAUAUUACCAAUACACGGUAGUUUUUUCUUAUUGAGAACAACAAUUAAUUGUGCUGAUUAAUAAUUUUAGGAAUAUAAUUUUGGCUUUAAGUUUUAAAAUAAGAUAAGCUUGUGCGUAAUUUAAUUUAAAAUAUCAGAAUGAUGUGAUUUUUCUAACAUCAAAUAUUUCCUUUGACAAUGACGUAGCAUGUAUAAAGGAUAUUUUGUUUAAAAAUUGUAAAAAAUGUUACGCACUAGUCCUGUAGUUAAGGAUUUAAUUAGUUUACAUAAUAUGUAUAUCAAUAGGCUUAUUAUUAAUUAUUAUUUGUAAAAAAGUACUGAACUUGUCUUAAAAAAAGAAACAAAUAAGUACAUUUUUUAUUGAAUUAUAGAAUACCCGUGUACUAGUAUGCAUUUUCAAUAAAUUACUGCAAUAAAG